UUUUUUUUAAGUAUCGGUGCGCUAUUUAAUUUAUAUAAAUGCACAUCAUUAUAUAUUUAAUUUUAAUUCUUUAAGUUUUAUCCUUUGCAUCUUCUUCUUCAUCAUCGUUUGCUCGUAUAGCUAGCGCGUUAGCCUCUUAGCCAUUAGCCACCUAGCUAAACCUUUGCAGCGUAUUAAAUCAGCAGGGGAAGCGGUUCGAGACUAGGAUUAAGGCUAACUACAUUUUUAUUUUUUUUUAACGCAUACAGAUGAACCUGCACGUCUCGUCGCUGUAGUCUGUCCUCCAUUACCCAAUAUUAGAAACUCACCUGUAUAGCUGGGUUAUUUUAUUUCCAUAACAAAUAAAUACUUUGUGCGCCGCCCUUUAUGUUUGAGCACUCCGUAUGAAAAUUAAACAACACAGCGUCACACUUUACGCUCUUUACGUAAACAACCAGCGGAAGACGCGCACGCGUCAGCGUAAAUCCUCCGAUCUACAACCCAGGAGUGGUAGGAAUUUCCCGGAAGUGAACAUUUGAGGAUCGCGUGUUGUACGCGGCGCUGUUAUUCAGAUACAGACGCACGAAAGAGGUAAAAGAGUUUCUUCUAUAUGAUAAUGUACACAUGAACCGUUUACGUAAAGUGCGUAAGGUUUAUACGCAUGUGCGUGCGUAUAUGCGUAUUCUGUGUGUAUGUGUGGAACGCUGCUGCUGUAGUUAUUAGUUAGUAGUGAACAUUCCGUUGAUUUAUUGUGAGUUAAAAAGGCGAGUUAGAAUGAAGGUAGGGUAGGGUAGUAUGCUAAACUGGUGUUGGUUAGUGCUCAUAUUGUCAAAGCGGAAGGAAACCGGACAUGUGCGUGCGUGCGUGCACCGAAACACUGAAGAUCAUCGGGUUUCUCUUUAUAGUUAUGUGCCUUUGUUUUUGUUUUAUAUAUUUUUCCGAAACCCAUGAGCAUCGACGUCUCUGAAGAAACAAGUGGCAUGUAAGAACAUAUCCGUAAUUUUUCUAUUUUGGGCCAAGACGCGUCGUGUGACGUCAUCACAACGCAGAUACAGCCAAAGCCUUCUUGGACUCCAGUGCAUCACAACAAUCCCAAAAAAAGCCACAAAACCCUUUACAGACUGUUCAACAAAGUAGAUAAUGACACAGGAUUUUGACAUGCUGCAUUGUCUUAUUAACUGCACGAUUGAGAGAAAGAAAGAAAUGGAGGUUACUGUGAGGGAAUAAUAGCUGGAAGUACCUUGUUUCACAGAUGUUCCACAAGAGUAAAUAUGAGAUGGCAGCAUCAGAGAGUUUGGCUGUCCUACAGAGCUCUGUGCUUGUUGCCCCUGUUACUGCUCUGGAGUUUCUUGGAGAUGAGUGGUUGUUGACAGGUGAAGGACCCAUCCUCUCCAUCUUCUGUCUCCAAUCUGCACCUACACAAUGUGCUUCACUUAGUGUUCUGCAUAACUACCGUAUCCAUGGAAUACAGCCCAAGCUGCUAAAUAACGAUGGUCAUGUCACUGUUCCUGAUUUGGUAGAACUAGUCAUUUUUGGCGGGAAAGCAGUGCGUCUUAUUAACAUCAGGCCUCGUGACCUUAGUUUGGAGGUGGCUGGUCCUCUGUUGGAGCUGCAGGAUUGGGUUCUGGAUGUUUCUUGGCUAAGAGGAGAGACCGGAUCAUUACUAGGCAUAUGUCUGGCUCAUAACUCUGUGCUGCUUUUAGAGCCACAAUCUGGAAACAUCUUGUCCCUCUGCUCCUGUGCAGAGGUGUGUCUUCUGUACUCUGCACUUCUGAUUGGUUCACACUGGGAAACAACAGUUCUGGUAGGGGGGACUGUUUUCAACCAGCUGGUCCUGUGGAGACCUGGAGGGACCAAAAGAGACAGCCAGGCCCAGGUAGAGAGACGCCUGCUGGGGCACAGUGGUGUGAUUUUCAGCCUGUGUUACCUCGAGAGCUCCAGAUGGUUGGCUUCCGCCUCAGACGAUCGUAGCGUUCGUGUCUGGAACGUUGGCGUACUGGGUGCAGAUGGAGGGUGCGGAGUAGAAUCACCUUCCUGUCUGCGAGUUCUCUAUGGGCACCAGGCUCGUGUCUUUUGUGUCAGGCUCUCACCUGGCUGUGUGUUCAGUGCUGGGGAGGACGGUGCCUGCCUACUGUGGGAGUGGGAAGGGAAUGGUAGAGUGGGUCGAACAUUAAAAGGUCAUAGAUCUGGUGGCAUCAGAGCACUAGCAGUUAGUAAAGGGGGUGGAUGGGUGGCUACAGGAGGGGCGGAUGGGGGAAUACGGGCAUGGAGAGUUUUGGAGGGAACCGGACAGGUGAAGCAAAGCCAAGAGGGAGAUGGCCAGAUAGAUUUGGGGUUCAGUGGGCGAGGUUGUCCUAAAGUUGUGCAUUCAGUGGGAGGCCACGAUGCUGUGCUUGUUUGCACUGAUCAAGGAGAAGUAUUUUUGCAUCAGGAUGAAUCAUGGCAGACAGUUUGGAAUGGUGGUCCAGAAUUUCAGUCCUACUGUGUGAUGGAAGUAGCAGAUGUCCAAUUUCAGGAUGCCUCUUUGUGUAUGUGUGCAGUAGGUAAUAUUAAUGGAGGGGUUCAGGUGUUUGCUUUACACCAUCCGAAUUCAGGUGUAUUACUGCAAGCAGGCCAGGGGAAGGUUCACACUUUGCAAUGGGUCAAAGGGGAUCAUUUGUAUCUGUUGGCUUCUGGUGCUGAAGGAUUGGUAUAUAGAUGGACAGUAGAGGUGGAGGCGGAUAAAACAGGCCUAUGUUUAAUAUUGGAGGAGCUAAAGUCUUUCCUGUUGCCACCAUGUGCCAAGAGAUGGCUAACUGCUGCAAUCAGUUUGCCACAUGGAAAGGGAUCGCUGUGGGUGUGUGGAGACCGCCGUGGUUCACUUUCGCUCUACAGAGAGAGGGAAUUAUGUGGAGAGAGUGAAGUGAGUAGUGAGAACAGAGAAGAAGAGAGUGAGGAAGAGCAAGGAGUUUGGAAGGAUGAGAACAGAUGGUCUGAGAGUGCUGCGAAUAACACUGCUGCUCCCAUUUCCCCUGUCAACACACUGUUUGGUGUCCAUGGGAAGCAAGGCGUGACAAGUGUAUGCGAGCAUCAGGGUUUGUUUUAUAGCACCGGUCGGGAUGGGUGUGUGCGGGUUCUGACAUUACACAGGCAUACUCUAAAGGUACGGCGUGUUCAUCGUACCAGCAAAGGAAUGGAGUGGUUGGAAAAGGUCCUCUUCCUGGGUUCUGAUAUAUCUGAUGUGUAUGAGGUCAAUAAGAGAAGCAAACAGGAUGACAGUGAGGAGGAGGAGAGGAGUAUAACAGAAAGAGCGCUGGAGAAUGGAGGAGUUACCAGAGAAGAGAGAGAUGGAUUAAACGAAGAAGCAGAAUUGAUGAAGUCCAUGGGAAACAUAUUGGAAGAUGGUGGGCAUGAAAGUGUUGCUGAGGCCCAUUUUGUAAUGGUUGGCUUUCACGGUAUCCAGUUUCUUUUGUGGAAUCCCUUGAGACAAGAAAAAAUUUUCUCGGUGGCAUGUGGAGGAGGACACAGGUCCUGGGCCUACAUUCCCCCUUCUCGCACUCAAACACUCGCAUCCUCUCACAGCCUCGGACAAGGUACACUGAUCUUCAUCAGGCAAGGAUCUGUCAUGGCUUCUCGUUCCUUGACUUCCACAGCAACCCAUGUGAAGGGACACAUACUGAAGGAAGGACUUCAUGGCCGAGGCCUGAGUUGCAUUCGCCACCUUGGUAGUGUUUCCAGAGGCGGAGCAUCAUCUGAGGAAUGGGAGGUGCUAGUUACCGGUGGCGAGGACACCACAGUGACAGUGCUUGCGGUUGAACCUAGGUAUGGCACGGUGAAAGUGCUCACUGUUUUAGCUGACCACAUCUCAAACGUUCGGACACUGACUGCGGUCCGAAGAGAACCGAGACAAGAAGGCAAUAGUGACAGGAGGACAAAUACAUCUUCUUCGUUCUCAACACUGCUCUUUUCUGCUGGUGGGAGGGCUCAACUGCAGUGCUACCGGCUCCUGAUUGGCUGGGAUGAACAGGUGAACUGGCCUGUUUGUCAGGUGACUCAGAUUGCUGGUCACAGAUUGGAUGAGCAAUGGGAGAGAAGACGGAAUCGCCACAAGACUGUAAAAAUGGACCCUGAGACAAGGUACAUGUCAAUGGCUGUGGUGCAUGAAAGCGUAGAGGAGAUUCUCCUGACACUCGCCUGCAGCGAUGGAGCAGUAAGGCUUUUCACUGUGGGAGAGGACAGCAGGAAGGUUGAGCUACUCUGGGAGAAUUUUUACCAUCAGCGGUGUGUGCUCAGUCUUGCCUCUUAUAGCCUUGAAGACCCACAGGGCAAGCAGCAUGUGUUGUUGUUUAGCGGGACUACAGAUGGUGCUGUAGCUCUGUGGGAUCUGACUACAGUGUUGGACAGUAAAUCCAAGGACAGCUGGCACGGUCCGUCUUCCCCUUGCUUCUCUCUCCCUGUUCAUCAAAGUGGAGUAAACACCCUUGUAAUAUCUAACGAAGUGGGACAAAUGGACAAAGACGUUAUCACUGUGGCUAGUGGUGGAGAUGACGGACAGCUGUCGGUAAUGAAGAUUCGAGUGCUAUUCCGUCAAAAGGUUGUGUUUCCAGAGCUGCUCUCUCAUUGGACAGUAGCGUUAGCACACUCUGCCCCUCUAACAGCCCUGAGCAUGCUUAAUUGUGCAACACUGGUGUCCACGUCUCCAGAUCAGCGCGUGUGUGUGUGGCGUGUGUGUCGCAACGGACUUCGGCACAAAGUGACAAUGUUCUCACACACUGCAGAUGCUGCAGGACUGUGGGCAUGGCACAAGAAAGGCUCAGAAUUACAGAGUGGAGACUAUGUGGUGGUUUGUGGACAGGGCUUGCAGCUCUUGAAGUUAACGGAGGGGGAAGACCCAGAGAGUAUAAGAAAAGAAAAGGAACGACAGAAAGUGAUAUUUGCAGACCGUUUUGUCAGAGUUUAAGCUGCUACAAUAUUAAUUACUUCAUUCAGAGGACUGACCAAAGCAAGCACAGACUGAAUUUGACUGUACCUUUUGAACAUUCAAAAUAAAAGGCAUUUUAAUUUAUGAUAAUUUAUGAUUAAUGUUUUGUAUAUGUUAUUGGGCCUGGGGUUUUAGUUGUUUGUUUGUUUUUGUUUGUGUGUCAGGAUGUUUUAGAGAGGCCUGUACAGUAUAUCUGUCAUGUAUACCCAAUGAAUGUGUAUGCACACAUGCACACUAAUCAUGUGGCUUAUUCAAGUGGUCAUGUACAUGACACAAUACAAUAUCCGAAAUAUCAGAUAAAAGCUGAAGUUAUAUGAUAAUGACUCCUGGAGUUUUACAGCUUGAAGAAGGACAGCAUUUUGUGCAGUUUGCAAAAAUAAAAACUCCCAAAUAAAUAUUCACCUCAUUUCA